UCUCGUGAACAUUUAAAAAUGUUCAUUUUCAGUAUUUUCAAAUUUAAUUUUUAUAAAAAAAAAAAAUUGUCAGUUUAUUUCUUCGACAACUUAUUAUUUUGAUUAAGCAAUCAUUAUGAGCAUGCGUAUAUGCAUUAUAUUUUGGAAGGACCUGUAGAUGUAUUAGCUGACAUUAAAUUAGGCCAGGAUUUCCCAUUUGACUCAUUAUAACACCGACUAAAAAGGAGCCAAUUUUAAUUGUGUUUAACAGUCUCUAUGGACUCGCUUUCAAGCAGCUGCACGGCUGACGAUUAAAUUAUCCGGCUGUGAGAGAAUACGAAAGAAAAAAAUCAAAUAAAUAUCAAGAGCACAUAUGACAAGAUUUGUGAUACACAAGAAAUGAUGAUGCAUACGACUCCGGUGCUACUAGUCAGCUUAUGUCUGUUGCAAGUUGGUGUUGCAUGGACAGAUACAUGUCCCAUGCAUUGCUUUUGCAAUAAGUUACUCACGUCGGUCAACUGCGAAGGCAAACGGUUGAUGAAAAUACCCACUGAACUGCCAAAAAAGGUAGAAAAAUUGUAUCUGCAGCACAACGAAAUUGCGGAUUUAGAGCCGAACUCUCUCUGCGGGCUUCCCGAACUGCAAGAACUUUAUCUACAGAAUAACAAACUUUCCCUUAUAAAGAGUUCGACAUUUACUGGGACAUGUGUGCAGAAUUUAAAAGUGAUACGGCUUGACAAUAAUCGUAUCAGUUCGUUGGAAGAAAAUGCAUUUUUCAACUUGACAAAUCUCAAUAUGACCUAUUUCACUAAUAACCGGAUCACACAUAUUAAUCCGCGGUCAUUUGUUGAAUGUUUAAAGAUGUCUUUCUUGCAUUUGGGACAAAACUAUUUAGAUCACAUUCCAUCGCUUUCAUUACUAACUGGACUACAGCAACUUAGCAUACAGGGAAAUAAAGUCAAGAACGCAACAUUUCCAAAAAGUUUUGAAAAUUAUACACUGCUAUCAACAAUUGGUCUAAGCACAAAUUUCAUAGAAAAUCUCACAAAAGAAUCUUUUCAGAGUCUGCGAAAUAGUCCCGUCAGAAAGUUGGAGUUAUCCAGAAAUAAAAUUACAGACAUUUCAAAUGAAGCUUUUCUGCCGUUAACAAAACUUGUCUCUUUAACAAUAAGCUUAAAUCCUUUAACGGCACCUAAACUACAAAAUGGAUUAGAGGGUCUCAAAUCUUCAUCUCUAACCUCACUAAAUAUAGCAAGACUUCAACUUGGAGGACAAUUGCCUUCUUCCACAUUUGCACUUCUGAAUGGAACAGUACUGAAGCAAUUGCUUAUGAGCAAUAACAUAAUCAAUCAACUUCCUAGUCGUGCAUUUGCCAAUUUAAAGAGGCUAGAGCAGAUUGACUUGAAGGGUUGCAGAAUUCAGACAAUUGCCAACGACACCUUUGCAGGACUCCGCACUCUCACCAAUUUGAACCUUGCAGACAACUAUUUGGAUAAAGUUCCAACAAAUCUUCCAUCAUCGCUAAAUAUACUUUAUCUUAAUGGAAAUCAAAUCAUAGCUCUUGGUGAAAAUUCCUUUGUGAAUCUAGUAUCGUUGAAAAAUCUUUACUUGGGUGCCAACAAAAUUUCUGAGGUGAACAAAUUGGCUUUCAAUGGCUUGGUCAGCUUACAAAAACUGCAUUUGGUUUCCAAUAGUAUAAGUAGUCUAGCCGCAGAACUGUUUGCUCCAUUCGGAAGGUUGAUUUCCCUUGAGCUAAAUAAGAACAAUUUGAAAACAAUUCAAAAUUCCCCAGACAUCUUCUCAUCCAUGACGUCCUUGUUGUAUCUUUCACUGGCUGAUAACGGCUGUAGUAUAAUGCCACUGUCAUCAUUCAAACACUUACAAUCACUGAAAUAUUUGAUACUUGAUGGCAACAAUCUUGGAGAUCUAAUUGGAAGUGAUAGUUCUGGGACUUUGUUUGCGAGGUUACACAAAUUAGAUACACUCAGUCUCUCGAAGAAUUUCCUUCACAACCUACCAGCAUCGAUUUUCAGAGAUCUUAGUUCUUUGAAGACAUUAACAAUGGAGGGCAAUAGAAUUUCUGGGUGGAACAAUGGUUUAUUCAAACAAAUUUCUGCACUCAAAACCCUUGAUCUUAGUGAUAAUUCCAUAUCGUUGGUGAAUUCAACUUCCUUGGAAGAUCUUUCACAAAACCCAAAUUUUCAAAUGUUGAAUCUGAGCAACAAUCCAUUUGCAUGCACUUGCGACCUCCGAUGGUUCAGAGAUUGGGUAAACCAAACUAGAGUGAAUAUUGCAAAUGUAGAAAAUUAUGUGUGUAAUUCUCCCGAUGCAUGGAAGGGGAAACCUUUGUUAGUAUUUGAUCGGACAAAAAUAAACUGUAUUUGGUUUAACCUGUAUUUUGUAGUCGGGGUUAGUACAGCCUCUGGUAUCCUAGUGCUUGUCGUCUGCGUAAUUAUCUACAAGAAGCGAUGGUGGAUUCUCUACCGAUGUUACCAAAUGCAAAAAUUGUGCAUGGGUUCGGAAAGAAGCAAAAAUGGUUAUCAGCCAAUUAACGGAUAUGUAUUUGAUGCUUAUAUAUCCAAUGCAGAUGAGGACGAUAAAUGGGUUAUUGAACAGCUACUGCCAGAUAUCGACUCUGGAGAAUUGACUGAAGUCCAUGGAGACUUUAAGUUGUAUUUCAAAGCUCGUGAUGCAAUUCCCGGAAAACGUGACUUUUACAAUAUCUUAGAAAACAUUAAAGUAAGUAAAAAAGUCAUCAUCGUUUUGACAGAAGAAUACAUCUCCAGUGAUCUACAUCAAUUCGAAAUUGAUCUUGCUGUGAGCUUGAAAUACAAGGGUGAAAUUGCUGACAUUAUUGUCAUCAAUGUUGGUGGUGUUCCGUAUAAACGCAUCCCAAGUUCAUUAGAAUCGAAAAUUUCCAAAGAUGAAUUUUUGCUAUGGGAAAAUAAAGACAGUGCCAUAAAGGUAUUCAAAGAAAGGCUCCAAAACGAACUAAGACGUGAAACGAUAACUAAACAUGUCGUUGUAUAAUAUAUGAUUGAAGGCUGUCAUAUAAUUUUUUUUUUCAAUUUCAGUUCCAUUUGGGGUUUGCCGUGAUGUUUAGAUUUUAUUAGGCUAAUAUAUAUACAA